UUUGCCCGGGUUCCAGAGCUUGUGUCAGGGAGACAUAGUGGCGCAUGCAGGUACUAUCAGUUUUGGUACGAUUGAGAUUGAGUUCGUGUUUUGCUUCUGGUUCAGUUUCGCAAAUCAAUCCUGGUAUUAGUUUCGGCAUCUGCACGAGUAUUCUGUUGAUAUCAUCGGGCCGCGCAUCAAGCGAAAGUUUGACUCCUGAUGUGCAUCAUUUUUUAGCAACAUUCCAAACCCACCAACAUCAGACUACCCGGCCCUCAAUUCCGCCGCACCGGAGGACCAGCGCAGUCCG